GUGCCAAAAAUAACUUUAAAAUGUUCAGUUUAUUAUAAUUUCUAUAUUUAAAGCAAAGAUCAAGUAUUUUUGUGUGUGAAAUCAAGUGUCAGUAAGUGAUCAGUCAGUCAUCAGUGUUGUAUGUUGUGUGUGCAGAUCCAGGCUUUGAUGCUGAAUAUAACCUGCAGUGUUUCUCUCUCAAUCUCUUUAAGUUUAGUGUGACUUUAUCUCCACGCUGACAUAUGACUGACACGAGUCUGUCCUCAGUGAAGUGUCUCUUCACGCUGGAGGAGGAGUCCCGCUCAUCAGCGCUCACACUUUAUUGAUAUAUAUGGAGAAAAUAAAAAUGCUGCUUUCUGAUUUGUCACUGAUUGUGUUUGAUGAUUUCCUCUGUUGUGUCUAAUAAGGUAACAGUGAGUGUCAUUGGCAGCUGUGAGAGUCUCUCUCUCUUUAGGGGACUGACAGGAGCCAGUUUCUUCAGUGUGUUUGAGGGAGCAGAAGGAGAAACAGAGUCAAACAAACAGUGUGACGAGCAGAAGAAGAUGGAGGGAUGUCUGACACUCGUUUUACUCUCCUCUAUAGUCACUCUAACAACAUCUGAUUUCAAGAAUGUGAGGUUGGUUGGUGGCAACAGUCCCUGUGCUGGUAGAGUGGAGGUUCAUCAUGAUGGUCAGUGGGGAACAGUGUGUGAUGAUGGCUGGGAUAUGAAUGACGCUAAAGUGGUGUGUAGAGAGCUGGACUGUGGGGAUGCUCUAGAGGCUCUUGGUGAUAAUAAGGCUCAUUUUGGAGCAGGAUCAGGACAAAUCUGGAUGGAGUCUGUGGCCUGUAGAGGAUCAGAGUCAACACUGAAGAACUGUAAAUCAGAUGGAUGGGGUAAACAUGACUGUGGUCAUGGUGAAGAUGCUGGAGUCAGAUGCUCAGAUCAUAAGCAUUCUAGGCUUGUUAAUGGAUCUCACUUGUGCUCUGGGAGAUUAGAGGUGGUUCAUGGAAAAACACUGUACACAGUGUGUGCUGCUGCCUUUGACCAGCAGGAUGCAGAGGUUGUGUGUAGAGAGCUGGACUGUGGGGCUCCUGUACAGGUGCUGGGAGAAGAUGCUUUUGGAAAAGGAGAUGCUCAGAUGUGGACACAAGAGCUUCAGUGCAGAGGAGAUGAAUCUUAUAUAUCUUUCUGUUCAACAUCACCUCUCAAAAACAACUGUACCCAUGAGAAUGGCAUUGGAUUGUUAUGUUCUGGUUACACUGAUCUCAGACUGGUCAAUGGUCCUGACAUCUGUUCUGGUCGAGUUGAGCUUCAGUACUUCAGUAAAUGGGGCACAGUGUGUGAUGCAUGCUGGGAUAUGAGAGCUGCCAGUGUCCUCUGUAGACAGCUGAAUUGUGGGAUUGCUGUGUCUGUUCUGGGAUCAGACUGGUUUGGAGAGGGAAGUGGUGAAAUCUGGGCUGAUGUGUUUGAUUGUGACGGGAAUGAAACAAAACUCUCAGAAUGUUCCAUCUCUUCAUGGAGUCGAGCUGAAUGUUCCCAUAGACGAGAUGUUGGAGUCAUCUGCUCUAAUUCCUCUCUGGCUGUUCAUGAUGGUCUGGUACGGUUGUCUGGAGAGAGACAGUGUGAGGGGGAGGUGGAAGUUUCCAUCCAUCAGGUCUGGAGGAGAGUUCUGCUGGACUCCUGGAGUCUCACUGAAUCCUCUGUGGUCUGCAGACAGCUGGGCUGUGGCUCUGUGCUGAGCUUCUCCGGCUCCUCUUCAUCCAGUCCUGAACACAGUCAUGAGUGUGUGACGGGCUUCCAGUGCUCUGGGAGUGAAGCUCAUCUGGGGAACUGCAGCUCUCCACAAACUCUUAACUGCAGCUCCACACAACAGCUGUCAAUCACCUGCCUUGGUCGCGGGUCCAUCAGGUUGGUGGGUUCUGGGGGAGACUGUGCAGGGAGGCUGGAGGUUUUUCACAGCGGCUCAUGGGGGACAGUGUGUGAUGACUCCUGGGAUAUUAAAGAUGCCCAUGUGGUGUGCAGACAGCUGCAGUGUGGAGUGGCCCUCAGUAACCAGCAGGUACCAGCCUGGUUUGGUCCUGGUUCUGGACCCAUAUGGCUGGAUGAGGUGGAGUGUGAGGGGAAUGAGACGUCCCUGUGGAGCUGCUCUUCUCCAGGCUGGGGAGAACAUGACUGUCAACACAAGGAGGAUGUCGGAGUUGUGUGUUCAGAGUUUAAAGAGAUCAUGUUAACUGAGGGCUGUGAAGGGAAUUUGGAGGUUUUCUACAAUGGAUCCUGGGGUAAUGUGUGCUGGAACCAGAUGGAAAGAGACACAGCAAGUCUGAUCUGUCAAGAGCUGAACUGUGGAAGAUCUGGUGUUUUGUCUGAUUCUACAACAAGACUGGAAUCAGCUCCUAACUGGCUGGAUAAAGUGAAAUGUCGACCACAUGAUUCAAAUCUAUGGCAGUGUCCAUCUUCACACUGGGGACAGAAUGACUGUGGUGAAGAUGAAGUGGCCAAAAUCACCUGCUUGGUGGAGGAGAGUGAUGAGUCUCCUUGGAGUCAUUUGACAUGUUCAACAUCUCCUUAUCAGAGAAAGUGUUCAAAUCAUGUUCCUCUCAGACUGAGUGGAGGGGAGGGCCGGUGCUCUGGGAGGCUGGAGGUGUUUCAUAACGCUGUGUGGGGCUCAGUCUGUGAUGAUCUGUGGGACAUCAGCGAUGCUCAGGUGGUCUGCAGACAGCUGGGUUGUGGAGCAGCACUGAGGGCUGAUGGGAAUUCAACCUUUGGUGCUGGUGAAGAUGUUGUGUGGCUGAACAAAGUCGAGUGCAGAGGGAAUGAGAUUCACCUGUGGGACUGUCCUCUCUCCCUGAAGAACCACACUGACUGCUCCAACAAAGAUCACGCUGGACUCACCUGUGCAGAUUUGUCAGUGUCCACUACUCCUGCCACAACAACAUCUUCUCCUCCUCCAGUUUCUCAGACAGUGAGCUCAACAUCAGUCUCUCGUCCACAAACUCCUCCGUCUCUCUCUGUGCUUGUGAUUGUACUGGGAGUUGUGCUCUUACUGCUCUUAGUGCCACUGCUUAUACUGAUUCAGCAGAACAGAGUGAUGAGGAGAGCUCUCUCUAAGAGGAGACACAGGAGCACGACUGAGGCCGUUUAUGAGGAGAUUCAUCACAGACACAAUCACUUCACUCAGAGGGGUGAGACAUGAGCCGUGAAUCUUAUUUAAUAUGAUGAAUUAAUAAGAGAGUCUGUCAGACACUUGAUGUUCAUCUAUUAUUAGUCCUGUUAAACCUCCUGCAGAAAACCACAGAGCUGCAGGUGCAGGUGUGUGUGUGUGU